UCUGGUGGUGAUGGACACCAACACACCCCAGCAGUGGACAGGGAUGAACAGCUCUUCUUCAACAAGCACACAUUGUCCGUUAGCAGUCACCCAUCAGGUAGCCCUGACCCCAUGGCCACGUGCCCUAGAACCGCUCGCCAUGCUCCCCCAGUUACCAAGUUCUUACCUGAUCUCAAACUCCUCAGAGAUGUAAAGAUCAGUGUCAGUUUCUCAGACAGCAGUAAGAGCAAAGACAGGAAGGUGUAUACCGGUUUGGGGCAGGUUAGCGAUGAAGAGCAGAGCCUAGAAGGACUGAAUGGUGAAUUGCAUGAUUCUUUAGAGCAGAGAAGUGUGCCGGGCAGCUCGACCAUGACCACUGGUUCCUUAGGGUUAGUUGGAAACAGUGGAGAGCUGGAGGCAGAGCAGGAGAACAAGGUUGAGUUUGCCGUGUUGGACGACCUGGAAGAUUUCAGCGAGAACUUUCUGGAAGCGGAAUAUGGAGAGCAGAGUGGUUUCAGGUCUCAGAUGAUAGUUCAGCAGGAGCAAGCGCACGAGGAGGACCUGAAUAACUCUUAUGAGGAGGACUUUGACAAUGAUGUAGAUGCCCUGCUGGAGGAAGGCAUGCCCAUGCCCAAGAAGAGGCGUCUGGCUGAAGACUGUGAUCACCAUUCAGAUGGGGAGGCCGGAGUUCAGCCCAUGAUGACCAAAAUUAAGACUGUUCUUAAGAGUGAGCCUGAGAAACUCUUGGUUAACUCAUAGAAAGUUUGAUUGGAAGUUCUAAACACUUUCGCUACACUGUUAAAACUUUUAA